CAAACUCUCUUCUGAGGAAACUAAACUGAUCUGAGUCUCUGUGUCGUCUGUCUGUGUGAGAGUGAACAACAGUCCAAAUGGCUCAGCAGGGAGCUCUGCUGGACCAGGACCAGUUCUGCUGUUCUCUCUGUCUGGAUCUACUGAAGGAGCCGGUGGCUAUUCCCUGUGGACACAGUUACUGUAGAAUCUGCAUUGAGGGCUGCUGGGAUCAGGAUGUUCUAAAAGGGGUAUAUAGCUGUCCUCAGUGCAGAGAGACCUUCACCCCAAGGCCUACUCUGAGGAAAAAUAACAUGUUGACUGAGAUUGUGGAGAAACUGAAGAAGACAGGACUCCAGGCUGCUCCCCCUCCUGCUCUGUGCUAUGCUGGACCUGGAGAUGUGGCGUGUGAUGUCUGCACUGGGACCAGAAAGCAGAAAGCCCUCAUGUCCUGUCUGGCGUGUCUGGCCUCUUACUGUGAGACUCACCUCCAAUCUCACUAUGAAUCUCCUGCUUUGAAGAAGCACAAGCUGGUCAAAGCCACCACACAACUACAGGAAAAGAUCUGCUCUCAUCAUGACAAACUGCUGGAGGUUUACUGUCGUACCGAUCAGCUGUGUAUCUGUCUGCUGUGUACAAUGGAUGAACAUAAAGGCCAUGAUACAGUGUCAGCUGCAGCAGAGAGGACUGAGAAACAGAGGCAGCUGGGGAUGAGUCAGCAGAAGGUCCAGCAGAGAUUCCAGGAGAGAGAGAAGGAGCUGAAGGAGCUCCAACAGGCUGUGGAGUCUCUCAAGCGCUCUGCACAAGCAGCAGUGGAGGACAGUGAUCAGAUCUUUACUGAGCUGAUCCGCUCCAUUGAGAGAAGGAGCUCUGAGGUGAAGGAGCUGAUCAGAGCCCAAGUGAAGGCUCAAGUGAGUCAAGCUGAAGGACUCCUGGAGCAACUGAAGCAGGAGAUAGCUGAGCUGAGGAAGAGAAGCACUGAGCUGGAGCAGCUCUCACACACAGAGGAUCACAUCCAUUUCCUCCAGAGUUAUCAGUCUGUCUCCAAUACCAGUGUAUCUUCAGACUUACCCAGCAUCGUUGUCCGUCCUCUUCAGUACUUUGGAGAUGUGAGUAAGACUGUGUCUGAACUGAGAGAGAAACUAGAAGACUUCCUUAAAGGAGAAUGGACCAAGAUCUCCACUACAGUGAAUAUAGUGGAUGUUGUACUGCCUCCAGAGCCCAAGACCAGAGAACAGUUGUUACAAUAUUCCUGUCAGCUCACACUGGACCCAAACACAGCACACACACGCCUCUCUCUGUCUGAAGGGAACAGAAAGGUGACCUAUACAUACAAAGUCCAACCAUAUCUUGAUCAUCCAGACAGAUUCACAAACAUCUACCAGGUUCUAUGUAGAGAGGGUCUGUCUGGACGCUGUUAUUGGGAGGUGGAGUGGAGUGGGCAGUGGGUUAUUACAGCAGUCUCAUAUAAAAACAUCAGCAGAAUAGAGACAGAUAUUAGAUUUGGAUUCAAUAACAAGUCCUGGAGUUUACAGUACUAUAGUGGUGAUUAUUGGUUCAGACACAAUCAUGUUGAGACUAAAGUAUCAGGCCCUCAGUCCUCCAGAGUGGGAGUGUACCUGGAUCACAAUGCAGGUAGUCUGUCCUUCUACAGUGUCUCAGACACAAUGACCCUCCUCCACAGAGUCCAGGCCACAUUCACUCAGCCUCUCUAUCCUGGGUUUUGGCUCAAUUAUUCUAAUGAUACUGCUGAGCUGGUUAAACUGUAGUAGGGUCCACAUAGAUACUAGUCAUGCUGGUGUAGUCUAUAGCUGAGCUGGUUAAACUGUAGUAGGGUCCACAUAGAUACUAGUCAUGCUGGUGGUGAUGGUCACCAGAUAUAAUGGUUUGUUUUUCUGUUCAAUAAUUUGUCUGACUGUAUAGUUGAAUUAAAAUGUAAUAUACUUAUUUUAAUCAAAUACAAUGUUUUAAUCUUGUACAUUUCCAUGAAUCAUGAUGUAUGGUGUUGAUGUAUAUUGGUUGUCAUUCAGAACCAUUGAUAUGUUUUCUCAGUUGGUUCUCUGUCUCUAAGUAAUUCUCCUCAGUGGCAUUCAACAGGUAGUAUCACUAACUAACUAACUAAACUAUAUGGACUGGUUUCCCAGACACAGAUUAAUCCUAGUCCUGGACUAAAAAGUAUGGUCAAUGUAGAUGUCCAGGAAACCGGCCCUAAAUGUGUCAUCUUUCAUCCUCCCAUACUGCUCAGUCCAGCAACAUUAAACCUGUCCAGCAGGUGGUGCUAUUGACCAAACAAUAAAACCAGCAGAUAUCUUGACUUGCC